UGCGUGCCAACCGCCAUAAAAAAACAAAAGAAGAAGGAGAAUGAGCUGCUCAUUUCCAUGAGCGAGCAGCAGAAGCGGACUGCAGGAUCAGCCACCUUGAAAAGCACUUUCACUCGCUCGUUUCUUUGCCUCUUUUUUGCAACAUCAUGGAGCAGAAAAACAACAAUCAAACCAUCAAUUUCGGCGCUGGGCCCGCCAAACUCCCGCUGACGGUGCUGCUUCAAGCCCAGAAGGAGUUCCUCAGCUACAGCGGCAUGGGGAUCAGUGUCCUCGAAAUGAGCCACCGAUCGCCAGAAUUCACCAAAAUCGUCAACAAAUCAGAGAGUCUCCUAAGGGAGUUGUUAAACAUACCUGACAACUACCAGGUGAUGUUCCUGCAGGGUGGUGCUUCCGGACAGUUCAGCGCCAUCCCUCUCAACCUGAUUGGCCUGAAGGAGGACAGGUGUGCCGACUACAUCGUGACCGGUACCUGGUCGUCCAAAGCUGCCAAAGAAGCGGAGAAAUACGGCAAAAUCAACAUAGUUCACCCAAAACUGGAUAGUUAUACCAAAAUCCCCGACCCCAGUAGCUGGACUCUGAACCCGGCGGCGUCCUACGUGUACUACUGCUGCAACGAGACCGUGCACGGCGUGGAGUACAACUUCACGCCCGAAACAAACGGGGUGCUCCUUGUCAGCGACAUGUCCUCAAAUUUCCUGUCGCGGCCUGUGGACGUGUCAAAGUACGGGCUGAUUUAUGCCGGCGCUCAGAAGAAUAUUGGUUGUGCCGGCGUCACUGUGGUCAUCGUGCGGGAGGACUUGUUAGGCCACGCCCAGAAAGAGUGUCCCAUUAUUUUUGACUACAAGGUGCAGGCGGAGAUGAAGUCGUUGUACAACACACCGCCCUGCUUCAGUAUCUACAUCAUGUGUCUGGUUCUGGAGUGGAUCAAAAACAACGGUGGCAGUGCUGCCAUGGAAGCCCUCAACAGGCAGAAGUCGACCAUCAUUUAUGACAUCAUCAACUCCUCCAACGGCUUCUAUGUGUGUCCAGUCGAGGAGACCUGCCGAAGCCGCAUGAAUAUACCAUUCCGCGUUGGGAAGAAGGAGGGAGAUGAGGGUUUGGAAAAGGAGUUUCUGAAUGGGGUGUCCAAACGUGGAAUGAUCUCACUGAAGGGACACAGGUCAGUGGGGGGAAUACGCGCCUCUCUGUACAAUGCUGUAACACUGGAAGACACUGAAGCUCUGGCCAAAUACAUGAAGGAAUUCCUCAAGGAGCACCAAUGAGACUGUGAUCACUGCUACACCGUUCUUCUAGUCUUUAAUCGAAUUGUUGUCCUGGACCAAUGCUGGAUGACAAGUAACAUGAAUUGUUGUGUUGCUAGUCAGCUCUAACACGCACGAUUGAUUGAUUCAAUGACCGACAGUGUUUUAGUGUGAAUACAAGUUUUUGUCGUGUUUAAAUUCAAUAAUACAAAGUGUGUUACUUACGGUGUACUUUUUUUCAGAUUAAGUAGGAAAUGAGAAAAAUGGUAAAUACAAAAGAGCAUUUAUAGAACAUGGCCUUUAGGUGGAGCUGUUUACUAACUAAAGACGACCUCCUGACUGGUAGUCGCUGGUAAUAUUCUCAAUUAUUACUCUGAUGACAAAUGAUAUAUAUUUCAACACUUUGAACAAUUGUAAAAGUGUAAAAAUAAAUAAAACACUACCUUAACUUUAA